UUCCUUAUGAAGUUUUUCCAACCACGACACAAUAACUUCUCUACGAGUUUUAUUUGAAUUAUUUUGCUUCGUCACUUAACGUACGUUUGUUUAAAGUUCACAGCCGCUUCACCGUCGGAGUUCCGUACAGUUAGCUACCGUCGCCGUAAACACCUGUUCAAACACCUUAACAUCAAAUAUGACCACCAGUCCAAACUAAAUGCUUGUCUGCAAAAAAUGUCAGACGUUUAGACUACAAAAGAGAUUAUUUCGUUGAAGUUAUGCUCAGGAUCCAGUAAAACCACUAGUUUCAGAGUAUAAAUCGGGGUCUCUAAAAGACCAGACAACCUAUAUAGUACCCACGACUUACGGAAUUCCAAAGAGACAUACCAUGAAAAUCUUGAGUGAGCCCUUGAGGGGGGAUUAAAAUAUUAAGGACUUCGAGACAGGCCGCUUGUCGAAUAGACCGGCUUAUUGGAGAGGCGGCCGGACACUUUAAAAUGUUCUUAUUCGUAAAAGCCACUCCGUGAGACAUUACUUUAACUGAGACUGCUACCCAACUUCUAAUUAAACUUGGUACGGCAUGGCUUUCUUUGAUGGGAAAACUAACUGCAGUAUUCGCUCAAAUCUAGAAAAAACCCAAACUCCAUCAAAACUUCGAUGUCUUCCUGUCUUUCUUCCAAGAGGGGACACCAUCGAACAAUGAUACUGACUUUAUCGGUGCUUUUCGUCUUUUCAAGAUCAGGCGUGGAAGCAUCACUGAGUUAUGGAAACAUGAAAAUUGAAGGAACUGGAAAUAUAAGUCCUAACUACACAUCAGUGGAUAUUCACUUUGAAAUAGCAAACGUCGAGAAGAGCCAGCCAUAUACACCAACACGCUUUGGCAUGAAGCCAAAAGCUCUGCCAAUCGCAGUGCGACCUCGAGUACAUACCACGGUGCCAUUCUCAUUUAAGGACACGUGGUAUCAUAAAGAAAAACCGUCUUUUGGAGUAGAAACAGAAAGAGAAUUUUUAAAGUCAGCACUGGAGUCUCAUAACAGAUUUCGAGCAAUCCAUAACUCGCCACCUCUGAGAAUCAACAUAAAGAUGUUAAGGGAAGCUGAACAAUUUGCAAAGAAACUUUUACAAAGGGGAGUAAAGAAACAACCAAUGGUGCACGAAGACGUGCUUGUCCUGCGCAAGGAAGACGAAGGAGAGAAUUUAGCGUCAGGAGGAAGCGUCUUAGGUGGACUGACUGCGUAUGGCGCAGUGAAAAAUUGGUACAACGAGGUUUGCACUUACAACUGGGGUAAAGGAGGUUAUGAACCACAAGCUGCACACUUUAUGCAAGUUAUCUGGAAAAACAGCACAGAAUUCGGAAUCGGCAAGGCGGAAAGAAGAAAAAAUGGUCGACGUUACACCUACAUAGUUGCGCGUUACAAGCCAGCAAUCAGAUAUAACACCAUGGAAAACGUGCUUAAAGGCCAGUUUAACCCACAGUAUUGUAAACCGAAACCUUCCUUUUCACUAUCAGACGGAAAUCAAAGCAGGUUUAGACCAAAAGUCCCAUCAAUCUUGAAGGGACAUCUUCUUAAACAGCUCAGUUAUGCUCACAAGAAGCCAGCGAUUUUCCAAAGAUCACAUACCUUGAAUAGGGGCAAGAUUAAUCCAAAGGAAACGGUAAACCACCCAGGAGGUUCUUAUGACUCGAGCUAUAUAAAAUAUAAUAAUGGAUACUUGAAAUCUGCGACAAAAACACAUCCUCACGCGCAAGGUCAUCUUAACGAUAAACUAAGCUAUUAUGCCGGAAACUCUUGGGGAACAAACACCGAUAAACGAUUGUCCACGACAGCGACCGAGUAUUUUCCGAAGCAAGCCGAAGUUCUAGAGGAGUUCAUUGAGGGAGACGACCCGGACAAAGAAAAAUACUAUCAAGGGAAUGGAAAAAAUGGAACUGUAGAAAGCAUGAGGCAUAGUCUCAUACCUGUUAUGAACAGUGAGGAUGCCGAAAUUGACGAUGAACCAUCCGAAGAAGAACAAUCAACAAAAACUUUCACACCAAAAUAUUCUUAGUAGAAUUUGUCGGUUGCACUCAAGCAAUGUAUGCGUAACACCUUAAAUGAUAAGGGACUAGAUAGAAAAGCAGCAAUAAAUCUCUUCAGAA